UUUUAGCCGCGCAGGUGUGGGCAGAGCGGCGAGGUGGCUGAGCAGUGCCCCUGCGGCAGCGCACCGAGACGCGCCCGUUCCUCCCGAGGCCAGCUGCGUGGCCCUUAACACCUCGCGGCCUACUUGCUGUGGCAGUGCCCGAGUGCCAUCGCGGAAGAGGGAUAUAUGUAAGUGCGAAGCGCCGCUGCAGUGUGCGUGUCGGUGUAACGGCAGUGAGUGUCCAUGUGUCGACAAGAGGCAGCAGCAGAAGCAGGUGUGGCUAGUGGAGUAGUGCGAGCUACAGCAGAAGUAAUAGUAGUGCGAAGGUAAGCAGAAGGUGGCGAGGUAUGAUGCGCGAACGUGACGCCAUGUCUGCUAGCGACAGUGCUGCCUCCUCCUCGGCUGCUGGAGGAGGCGAGGCCGGGGACGCUAGCGUGGUGGGCGCGGCGGAAGACAAGAAGGGAAGGAAGGGCCGCUCCAAAACCUCCUCCAGAAACAAUGACAAGCCCAAAAAGUCCAAGAAACUCCUCGGAUCGUCAGGCACGUUUGCCGCCAUCCCCCACCGCAUCCAGCUGUCCAUGCUCAACUCCGGCCUCAUCACCAUAACCGACGAGGAGAAGGCGAUCGGCGCCAUCCCCACGAAGCCCAUCAACUCCGGCGACCUGGAGAGGAUCUGCGCGGAACACCGAAAGUACCCGAUCCUUUAUAAGGUCGAGUUCCAGAUGGCGACGAAGGUGGAGUGCCACUCCAUGCGGCACGCGCUCAAGGAGGCCAACGAACUCAAGAACCAGAACAAGAGGGUGCUUCCGUAUGACUACAAUAGAGUGGUUCUUGAGCCUCUGCCAGACUCCCCAGAUUCAGACUACAUCAACGCUUCCUAUGUCGAUAGCCUGCUAACACCCAAAGCGUACGUCGCGACGCAAGGUCCUCUGGAGAACACCAUCGCCGACUUCUGGAGAAUGGUGUGGCAGGAGAAGACGAGACUGAUUGUGAUGCUCACCAAGACUUUUGAUUUCAUUAAGGUGAUGUGCGUACAGUACUGGCCGGCGAUGGUUGGCUGCUGCGACCACUACGAGGGAAUCAAAGUUGAACUGCUGAAGGAGGAGCAGCUGGCCAACUUCCAGAUCCGCACCAUCAGGCUCACCAGCGACGGCCAUUCAGAUUCUCGGGAAGUGGUGCAGUUCCACUACACUGAGUGGCCCUCGCAUACGCAGCCCUUCAUUAAUGCGCUUCUUGAGUUCCGUAGAAGGAUCAGAUUAUGGAUGAGAGCGAACAUAUUACCCGCUGAUGGUCCCACUAUUGUGCAUUGCAGUGACGGUGGUGCCAGAACUGGGGUGUUCAUGUCUAUCGAUGCCAACUUGGAAUUACAUGAAGAGGAUGGGAAGUUCGAUCUAUAUGGCUACCUGAAGAAGAUGAGACAGGCACGCCGUGGACUUAUUGAAACAGUGGACCAGUACCGAUUUGUGUUUGAUGCUCUUGAGGAGUUCCUUCUCUGUGGCUACUCUUUCUUCCCAGUCAGUGAACUCUCACAGCGGCUGAAGCAUAAAUCGAUGAAGGUCUUAGGUAACAAGAGCGAAUAUCAAGUGGAAUUUGAACAAAUUUGCAAGAUGACUCCCAGAUUUACAAUUGGAGAUUGUGCAGGUGGCCAUCGAGCUGAUAACAGAGUCAAGAACCGCAAUGUUCUCUGUGUUCCACCGGACAACUCCAGGCCGUACAUUACAUCAUUCCAAGGGAACAGCAACACAGAUUAUAUCAAUGCAGUUUUUGUUGAUGGUUACUUAAGGCCUCGAGAAUACGUUGUGGCUGAAUGGCCCCUAAGGUCGACCAUCUCGGACUUCUGGUCUCUUGUGUACGACCACGAUGUGACCUCCGUUGUGGUCCUCUGCAACCCGCUUCUAGCAGAGGCUUCGAACUACCCUCCAUUUUGGCCGGAGAAGCAGAAAAGCAUGAAAUAUGGUCCAGUCUUCACCAUCGACCAUAUAAGCCACCAACACUAUCAAAAUAUACGCUCCUGGGUAUUCAAAAUCAGCAAGAAGAUUAUUUCACCUCAUCGCACAAGGCUGGGGGCAGUUGUAGACGAAAUACAAGGGAAAAAUAUUGUCUCCUUGACGGAACUUAUGGCAGGCAUCAAAGCAGAACCCAAGACCUGCCACCUCUUCCAGUUGAUGUGUUGGCCUCAAGGUCACAAGGUGCCAACAUCCACCAAUGCCCUCGUGGAGCUUAUGAACAUGGUUGAACGUUGGAGGCAGCGGACAGGAUAUGGUCCAGUUGUGGUUGUCAGUCCUGAUGGUAUGAGUCGAGCUGGAGUCUACUGUGCUGCCAAUGCAUGUAUAGAGCAAGUCAUUCAGCAUGGGGAAGUAGACGUUUUCCAGGCAGUUAAGACAGUGAGACGACACCGCCCACAGCUAAUCAAUAAUAUGACGGAGUACAAGUAUUGCUAUGAUCUGGUACUCCAUUAUGUACUUCAUUUCCUUUCAAAGGAGAAUGAAGAAUAAUGGAGACAAGAACCACAGCAAAAGAAGAAAAUGAUAGGAACAGGCACCAAGAUCUCUGACACUGGAAAUGUCAAGAGAAACUGAAAAUGACAUUUUGUUACCUACAGUCUGUGCUGUAUCAGUCUAACUGGAGUUCGUUGUUGUUGUUAAUGAUGUGCUUUGUUACAUGGCUUUUAACGGUUAGUUCUAUAUGGAAUGGUAUGGGACACACUCUAUUUUGCACUAUUAAAAAAAUAAUCUUUUUGAAUGGCCACAAUUUUAUGCAAAUAUUAGUCUUUUGAAAUAUUCAUAAACUUAUUUUUGUAUUUUAAAGUUUUAAUAAUACCAUCUUUGUACAUUAUAGAGGGCAAUUUUUUUUCACAAUGUCUUUUCUCUUUUUAUAUAUUGUAGAUAAGAGUAUUUGAUUGCUUGAUUUUCGAUUAUGCUUGUUAGUUUCAUGUUUUUUUUUAUCAGGCAUAUAUAAUAAUUUACCUAAUGUAAUUAAAUUUAUGGUGCAAAACAAUUACAGUGAUAAGAUUACUGAAGUUGGUGUAUCUAUUGUUCUGUUCUUUGUUGUCUAUAUAAAUGAACACCCAGGUGGUGAAAUCUUAUACUAGCUGCAGUGCACUAAAGAUUAUUGUUAUAAGCUAAAGCAUUUUUACUUUUAAAUGCUAAGUUAAAUAUAUAUUCCUCCUGAUUAUUUGAGAUAUUAGUAUUUAUCACUUACAAAAGACCAUUAUGAUUAGAUAUUAUGUAGUUGUGCUAGAUUCUUCAUUGUCAAUUCAAUAAGCAGGCCUUUGUAAUAGGGGCCUGGGCCUCUCUUGCUACAGAAGGAUGCAAAAUACAUAUUUCCUCAGUUUUAACUGGGAAUACUGUCCAUUCAUUAUUUUUUAUUUUUCAGUUUUUGUAAUCUGGAACUGUUAGCACAUAAUACAGCUCAAUUUUACAAGUAAUACCAGUGAAUAUCAGUCAUGUUACCACUAGAAUUCUCCACUUCAUGUAGGUUAAAGAGCCGUUCAGAAGCCAAGCACGUCAUUUCUUUGAGUGAAUAGGGUCUUUGAUAAAUUAUGUUUUAAGAUAUUUGUAUAUAAGUCAUUGCCUAGCUGUUUAUAGUUAUUUUAAAUGGUAAGAUGACAGCCUGGCUUAAGAGAUUUAGCCCAAUACAAGCAUUCCUUUCCCUUUCUUCCUGACCUACUGGCCACCUCUGUACUUCGGGGAUGAAUCCAGCUUUGGCACACCUAACGCAAUAAACUUCAUAAAUGGUUGCUAAUCAUUGCUCAAACUUUUUAUCUUUUUUAGAUAUAGUGAAGAAAGUUGCAACUAGGAAAAUGUAUAACAAUUUUGAUAAUGGUAGAUGAGCAUCUCUUUUUUUUAUAUAUAUAUAUUUACAUGUAUUUAGCCAAUGCGCCCAAAGUACGGAAUUGCACCAUGCCAUUCACAACACUUGAGGUUCUUAAUAAUGUAAUCUGUUGGAGGUGGAAGAGUAGGUGUGUUAUCAUUAUUCUUGAUGUUUUCUUUCUGUCUUUUUUUCUUUUUCUUUUCACAUGGUCUUCUUUUUCUUUUUUUCUUUUUUUAAAGCUCUCUCUUUUCUAAUUUUACAAUCAUGAAUUUUAUUUUACCUUGACAUGUUUUCAAUAUUUUAUUCAUUCCCUCUUUUCUCACUUUUUUUGUUUUUUCCGUGUCUCAUACUUUGUUGUCUCUUUUUCUUCACUUUUCAUGUUGUUAUUAUAUACAUAUGUAUUCAGAAGUUAUGUCCCUAGAAAAAUGGUCAUUAAUGUUCACUACAUUGUAUUGCCAUUUAUAUAUACAUAAGAUUUUGACAAUAUGGAAUGUUUCAAACUGAGAAUGUUAUCCUUGCACUCAAAAUUAAAAUAAGGGAAAACUUCAUAAAAAACUUGUUACUAGGAAAGCACAUAACCAGUUCUAAUUAUCCAUGACAGUCUAUUUAAUCUUGAUAAAAAAAAAACACAACAAUUUCUGAAAGUUAUGUAUUGGAAUUAACUGUAAAUAUGAAUAUUCAGACGUAUGCAUGAAUGUAAUUUGUGUGUGUGUGUGUAUGUGUGUGUGUGUGUGUGUGUGUGUGUGUGUG